AUGACACUCUCUCUCUUUCUCUUGUUCAGUUUUCGCGCUUUUUGUCUCCCUACCUCUCUUUGUCAUUCUCAUCCUGCAAGUGUCGUUCAUCCCGUUCAUUUUUUUUUUCGUCCGCUUCACGCAGUUUUACACUCUCUACCUCGGUCUUGGCCCGCAUCACUCACUCUCUCACAUAGUAUAUACCCGUUUCGCUCAAUAUAUUGCUCUCUGUUUGCCUUGCUUAGUCUCUCGCCCUCUCUGACGGCAUUGCUUUCUCUCUCUCUCUGUUCGCCUUGCUCUCUCUCCGUCCACCUUGCUUCCUCUCUCUCUCUCUCUCCGUCCACCUUGCUUCCUCUCUCUCCGUCCACCUUGCUUCCUCUCUCUCUCCGUCCACUCUUCCGUCCUCUCUCUCUCUCUCCGUCCACUUUGCUUCCUCUCUCUCUCUCUCUCUCUCUCUCUCCGUCCACUUUGCUUCCUCUCUCUCUCCGUCCACUUUGCUUCCUCUCUCUCCGUCCACUUUGCUUCCUCUCUCUCUCUGUCCACUUUGCUUCUCUCUCUCUCUCUGUCCACUUUUGCUUCUCUCUCUCUGUCCACUUUGCUUCCUCUCUCUCUCUCCGUCCACUUUGCUUCCUCUCUCUCUCUCUGUCCACUUUGCUUCCUCUCUCUCUCUGUCCACUUUGCUUCCUCUCUCUCUCUCCGUCCACUUUGCUUCCUCUCUCUCUCUCUCCGUCCACUUUGCUUCCUCUCUCUCUCCGUCCACUUUUGCUUCCUCUCUCUCUCUCCGUCCACUUUGCUUCUCUCUCUCCGUCCACUUUGCUUCCUCUCUCCGUCCACUUUGCUUCCUCUCUCUCCGUCCACUUUGCUUCCUCUCUCUCCUCCACUUUUCCUCUUCUCUCUCUCUCCGUCCACUUUGCUUCCUCUCUCUCUCUCUCUCCGUCCACUUUGCUUCCUCUCUCUCUCUCUCUCCGUCCACUUUGCUUCCUCUCUCUCUCUCUCCGUCCACUUUGCUUCCUCACUCUCCCCUCCCUGUCCCGCUCUCCCUCUCUGUCAGCCUUGCUCUCUCUGUCAGCCUUGCUUUCCUUCUCUCCCCCUCUCUGUCAGCCUUGCUCUCCUUCUCUCUCUCUCUCUGUGUCAGCUUUGCUCUCCUUCUCUCUCUCUCUGUGUCAGCCUUGCUCUCCUUCUCUCUCUAUGUCAGCCUUGCUCUCCUUCUCUCUCUCUCUCUGUCAGCCUUGCUUUCCUUCUCUCUCUCUCUAUGUCAGCCUUGCUCUCCUUCUCUCUCUCUCUAUGCCAGCCUUGUAUAGUAUCUAA